GCAGAAUCCUACGCGUCCAUACUUGCUAAGUAUGCUACAUAGGACACAAGCACGCGUAUUGGAGCGCAGCCCCCGUGGCCCACGAUGCAUUGCGUUUGAAGCGCAGUCAAAGCAGUUGACUACCAGGACCAAAGCUUACAUUAUAUUUAAUCAUGGAUUUAAACGCCAAGUUACCGUGAUCCUGCGGUCAUGAAGGUGCCAUCAGUAAAUUACUGACAACAAUGGAUGCUUUUUUGGGAACUCUUCAGGAUCAUGACAUGAGCUCUGUCCUGACGUCCUGUGAGCCUGAACUCCAGGAGCUAAUGAGGCAGAUUGAUAUCAUGGUGAAUCAUAAGCGCAGUGAGUGGGAAGCAGAGGUGAGAGCCAUGGAGCUGCGCCUGCAAAACAGCCAGGAAGAGCUCCAGUCGGCCAAAGAUCUGCUGGACAAGAGAAACUGUGAGGUCAGAUUGCUUGCGAAACAGCUUGAAGAGUUGCAAGCAGGGAAACAGGAACUAGUCGUGAAGUAUGAAGACCAGUUGCAACACGUGAAGGAUGAGUUAUCCAAGUUGAAGCGCAGCUAUGAAAAGCUUCAGCGCAAACAGCUAAAGGAGGCGCGAGAAGGAGCGCGCAGCCGAGAGGAUGACAAGAAUGAAGUUUCGCGCCUGAGCAGCAAGCUGGAGGAGUUUCGUCAACGCUCGGCUGAAUGGGAACAGCAGAGAUUGCAGUAUCAGAGACAGGUGGCUUCAUUAGAAGCCCAGAGGAAGAGCCUGGCAGAGAAGUUCACUGUAAUACAGUCACAGGGUGCAAGUCGGCUGCAGGAGCAGGGCGAAGUGCAGCGACUGCGUGCACAGUUGGAGCGGGCACAGGACUCUCUGCAUGCGCAGGAGCUUGAGCUGGAGAGGUUGCGAGUGCUGCAGGAGGAGCUGGGAGACUCGCGCAGGGAACAGCAGGUCAGCUGCAGCAUCGCAGCUAACGCUCCUGCACAGGUUCUGAGUGAGGAGAGGGAGGAAUUGAGAGCUACGCUGGAUGCUCAAGAUCAAUUUGUGAGGAGCUCAGGGUUCCAGCAGCAGCAGCUGCGCAGUGAGGUUGCACGCAUCAGCCAGGCCCUGCAGGCCAAAGAACAAGUCAUCAGGUCACUGGAGGAGUGUCUGGCAUCGAAGAGCUCAUCUCCAGGCCUGAACUCUCUCAGACAGGAGCUGGAGAAAGUCACCACCAAACUUCACUGUUCUCAAACCUGCGAGAAACACCUGAAAGCGGAAGUUACUCGGCUCCGAGACAAGCUUGAAAGCAUGCGAAGACAGAAAGGAGAAGCAAGUAGGAAAGAGCAGGAGUGGAGACAGCUGGAAGAGGAUUAUGCCCGCUCUGUAACUGAAGUCAAACGGCUGCGUGAAGAGCUCCAGCGGGCUGAGCAAACUCGUUGUGGUGAAGUAGAGGGGAUGAGGAAGGAGGUCUCACAGCUAACAAAUGAGCUACAUCAACGUGACAUCACCAUCGCCACGCUCACCGGCUCUGCCUCCGGCAUGGAACGGCAGCUGCGGGCUGAGGUGGAGCGGGCUGAACGCAGGGCAGCAGAUCUCAAAGUGACACAGGUUCAGCUUGAAACUCUGAAGAUUGAGAAUCAGCACCUAAAUGAUCUCCUGGAGAGGGUUGAGUCUCGAUCCCCAAAGCGAGCUGAUGGGGAGUUGGCGAGUUUACGGGACAGCUAUGUGUCAUCUCUGAGCAGUCUGGAGCAGGAGAACCAGCACCUGAGACAGGAGCUGGCAGAGCUCCGUGCCCACAUGGAAGCCAGCAACCAGACCUGGCAGGACAAGUAUGAGAGAGCCCUGCAGCAGAACCAGGGCAGGAGCUGCCAAACACAUGACAGAUGUGAGGCAGACCUGCAGGCCAUGGAAGCCUGCUUGCAGGAGAGUACCUCUCGCUAUGAGCACCAGAUCCAGAUGCUCGUUAAACAGCUGGAGGUCCUGUCUACCUCCUCACCUCACCACCCUGACGGCCAGUCACAGGAGAGCAGACCAACCGCUUCCCCCACCCCCUCCUCUGCUUCCUCAUCUUCCUCAGCCAAUAAAGCCCGCAGGAUAGCAGCCCCGCUCAGCGCAACAGCUGAUGAGGAGAAAGCAGGGGCUUCUGGCUCUUCUGGUGACCCUCUACCUUUGGAUCACUGUGCUGGUUCUUCACCUGGGUUGGUGGCUACACGUUUUCUGGCGGAGGAGACACUACGCUCACAGGAACUGCUGGAGAGGCUGGAUGCGCACAUUCAAAGCAUGAGGCAGGACAAUGCCAAGACCGUCCGCAAGUAUCUGGGCAAAGAUGGCAGCUCCCACGACACACAUUGACCCUGUAUAUUCACGCAGCGGGAACUCCAGGUGCCUUUUAAGACUGGUGCUAAAAUUUUCUUUUACAUUAUGUGGUGAAGUUAAUGGCAAAUAUAUUUAUUGCCAAAAAAGGUGAGCGAAAGCAGACGGGACCGGAUUUUGACUGCAGCACGUUUGGUGUUAGAAUUUUCUUUUGCAUUACGUGGCAAAGUUGAUGGUAAUUAUAUUUAUUGCCAAAAAUAUAUUUAUUGCCAAAGCAGAUGGGACCGGAUUUUGACUGCUGCACGUCUGGUAACCCCCAUGCAGGUACAUACAGCACAGUCCCAUACUUGCUGAAUACCUCUGCAAUUAUUGCACUAUUGCAGGAUGACCCUUCACUCAUACACAAAUGUCCUGGCCUGGACCUGCAUUAUGGCCUUUGAUGUUUGCCGUUGUAUAGCUAGGUCUUCUGUGUCCUGAUUAUUCUCAUUUGUCUUUCUCUUGAGCACUUUAGAAAUAGUUUUGGUUCCCAAAAGACUAAUUUUUGGCAAUGUCAGUCUCUCCUUAUUGUUCAUUGUUUUUAUUUGUCUGUAUGUAUAUUUAACUGAUGUGUGGCAUAAUUUUUUAAGUUAUCUGACAUGAAGAGUCAGUGAUGGGUGAAUUAAAUGGUUUUGAUAGUCCGUGGUGUCCUGAUUAUGGGAGGGGACGUGUUUAUGGGGAUUUUUUGUUCUCUUCGUCAGUGUGUGCUUUGGGGUGAAGGUUGUCUGCACGUGAAAAAUUAGGCUUAUUCUCAGAGGGCAAAGUGUUUGAAGUGUUGUACAGCAGUGUAUGGCUGAUGUCAAGUACGGAACACGUGCACACAGCUUCAUCUCUGUUUAAUGUCCCUCCACAGGUCCACCAAGUAUAUUUACAAGAGUUUCACCACAAGAAUGUUCAGGCCAUGUCAGCGCUGUCAUGUUACCCUCAGCACCGCUGUACAUCAUGAGUACAGCUAUGGUAUGUUAAUGUCAUCCAUGUGGGAUCCUGCACUCAGAAACUUUGCCAAAAGGCCAGCGUUGAAAAAGUCAUAUUUUAUCAACAGAGUGAUACAGAAGAGGCAGGGUGGGAGAAAACCCUCCUUCACUCAUAAUGAGGUACAACAGGGGGAAUAAAGAAUAUUCCAGAUCUAGUUUGUUCUGGAAUGUGCUUUCUCCCCAUUCUUUUUCCUUCCCUCUUCCUUUACUCAGAUUACUAAGUGCUGGAAGUAUGUUUAGCUAGGCUUGAGUCCAGUGAUUUUGCGAUUGGUAUUUGGUAACCCUGGCUACCAGAGCCGUGAGGCCCAACAAACAAUGCAUGCUGAGGAAUUUGGCAGCAUGGACGUUUACUCUCUUGCAAGCAGAAGGUGGAACAUUUUUGAUUUGCAGAGUUUUUUUUCUGGCCAAGAUUGGAUCCCAUCAGGCUACUCUUUAGACCUUCUGUUUCGUUUCAAUGUUUGGGGGGAAUGUUUAUUAAAAAAUACCAUUUGUUUUCAA